CUAUUCAGUGCUACUCAAGGUGGCCAAUUGCAGUAUUCACACUUGCUUCCAACAAACAAGAGUUCUUUCUCUCGUCCUGGAUCUUCCACAGAUAUAUACAUCCCGCUUGCCUAGUUUCCAACAGACCUCAAAGCCUCUGAGGAUGCCUGCCAUAGAUGUGGGUGUAACAUCAGCAGAGAAUGCUUCUGGUACAUGGCCAUACAGCCCAGAAAACUCAAAGUAACCCAAUGCCUGCUUUGUGGCACACUCCCAUAGAUUAUCGACUCUAGCAUUAUGCCUGGGAUCACUCCCAAACAGAAUGCCUUCACAUUUAGAAUUGCACCACAGAAGCAAAAUCCAGCCUAAACAUUUUUGGGGGGCAGGAAGAUUUCCCCCCUCCAACGAGGCCCUGUGCUUGAGCACACCUAAAUCCAGCACUGCCUGGGAGUUGUAGUUUUACAAGGUAUUUUAGCCUUUUCUGCCCAAGAGUGCUGGUGCCUCAGCAAACUCCAACUCCCAUUAUUCCAAAGCAUUGAAUCCAUGCAGAUUACUGCCCUGGCUUAAUGCUAUGGGAUCCUGGGAGUUGUAGCUUUGUGUGAGGUGCCAUCACUGGACAGCCUUGUAAAACUACAGCUCCCAAGAUUCAAUGACAUUGAGACAUGGCAGUUAAAGUGGUGUCAGCCCACAUUAAUUUCACAGUGCAGAUGCACUCUCAGUCUAAAUUUUGGUCUGAUGCCUGAUGGUCAGACUCUUCCAUGGAUUUUGGUUGAAAGGCAGAGAGCAAACAUUUUCACCGGUUCCAGAUAUGGGCUUGCAAUGCUUCACAUUCAUGGGUUCUUGUGCUUCUUCCACCAGCAGCACAGUGCUAGGAACAGCCCUUAGCCACAGGGUCUGUCUCAGAACCUUCCAAACCAUGUAUUGCAACAUACUAGUGUGUUGGCUGCAGUGUGUAGGUGUGUCACGCGAAUGUGACGAGACAUGACAAACAUCUUGGAAAUGUAGGCUAUUAUCUUAACAAAAAUUAUCUUAAUUUUUAAAAAUAUAAAUGAAAGGUUUUCAUGAGCAAUGUUGUAUCCCCAUACUUUUUGUUGUUACAGUGUAUGUAUGUGCGCAUUUCUCUUAUAAGGGGGUUGGUUUAACCUCCAGUUUGCUAGUAAAACCGAAUGAAUGUUGUGAAAUGUGACAUGUCUAAGAAGUGUGUCACCAUCAUGACAGGUUUGGAAAGCUCUGGUAUAUCUGAUUGUAAUAAUAUGCUAUGUAAGUAUCUUCCAGCUUUCAUGACUCUAUCAGAGAUCUCCUGUUGCUGGUGAGGGGAAAGAGUUUGGCUCUUUCAGUUUUGUAUGUUCCUGCUAAGGCUGUGAAUCCUGUUUCUGUUAUUGGUUAAAACAAUGGUUGGAUAUGUUUACACUAUACUAUUAUUCACUCCUAUUCAUAAGAUUGAAGGAUUGACCUACAUCAGAUGGUUCAUACAAUCUGCCCUUGUUGUCUAGGAAGUCAGGACAGCUCAGAAUCCUCUCUUCAAUUUUUUAGGAUUCAGGAAAUUAAUAGAACAGUUUGCGAGAAGCAUAAAUGUUUCAUGAUUUAUUCGGCAAAAUGUUGAUAGGCCAUGCAUUGAGAUGUAGCAAUUACUGAUAUUCCAACAUAAGGCGCAGUGCAUUCUAACAAUACACAAGUCAUGCAACACAACUUGAAAGUAAGAUACAGUAUCUAUUUCCUGUUUGCUUGGUAUUUAUUAACAGUAGUAACAUUGAACCCCACACAUCCAUGACUUAUCUCAGCAUCACAGCUCCUUGUCUUUAUACUUGAAAGAGAAGUGAUCUCAUCUACCUGGACUGUAGGUUUUCAAUACUCUUCCUUUAUCAAAUUAACCUUUCAAUCUAUUCAUUGCAUCUGGACAUGGCUUCUAUUGUAUGACAUACACCUCUAUAAUCAGUCCCUGACUCCUAUGCAUAGUUUCUAUCCAUAAUUCCUAUUCAUAGCCACCUACAUCUCAUUCUUUGGCCAUGCCACCUUUCUUUGUAUCUUUCCCAGGUGUUGUUAUCUCUGAGUAGUCAGAAUCUGAAGGCCUGCUAGACAGCCAGUAUGGUUUUAAAACAUUUUUAUAUCUCCUGGCUUGUUAUGUGACAUGGAUAGCUGUUAUUGUAUUUCAAAAAGCCUUUAUCAAUAUGGAACUAGUUAUAGUUUGGAUCCUGACAGAUACAGUUUUGUUUCAACCAUGUAGCCAUUAAUCUGGUUUAUACAUGACCUAAUUGAAUUUAAUUUCUCUGAAGACAAUGCAGCUGCCAGCCUGACCGGUAUACUUUUUUAGCUCAGUGGUUCCCAACCUUUUUGUUGACCAGGGACCACUCUUCAACAUUAGUACCAAAAGGGUUACAAAUCAAUUUUUGGUCAACUUUAGAUUCAGUUUGGUUAUUUCGGGUGCUAAUUCAGAAAAUUGUAUUGGAUAGACUACAUCAGCUCUAGUUUCUGAUGCAGAACAUAUGCCAUCCAGUAGUCGCCAUCUGCUUGCCCACAGAAAACCAUAUUUAAUAAUCUAGAGCUGAUAUGGUCUAUCCAAUGCAAUUUUCUGAAUCAGUACCCCCAAAUAACCCCAGGAACUGGUCUAAAACCAAAGACACCAAGGCACCCCCGCUUCCAGACACCACAUGGAAGGGCUCCACUUAGGGGGGGGGGGGGAAGGGAGGAGGAGAAGCAGCAGUCAGGAGGCUUGUUGACGCGCCUUUCAUUGGUAGUCAUCCUCUCUCAGAGGCAGUUCAACCACCAGGCCAACUAGGCAGUUGCCUGUGGCGCCAUCUUGUUGGGGGCGCCAUCGAGGCAACUCCUGUCUCCUGCAGCCUGCCUCCGCAAGGUGAAUCAUUGCUAAAUGGAAAUAAAAAGAAUAAGAGAAAAAAGAAAAUGUCACAAGAGAAGUUAGCAAUGACUUCCAGCAAUAAUCUAUCAGAAGACAAAAGGGUGAAUCUUGAGUCCGGCACAGCAUUAUUAAGCAAGAGGAAAAAUAGCUUCUUUGAAGAACUGAAAGAUCAAUGUGUAUUUGACUGUAUUAAUAAGAACAAGAAUGCCACAGAAUGUAGAUCCCCAAAUGCAACCACACAGAAACCUGCUCAGCAGGAAAAUGCUUCAGAUAUUGAAGUAGUGACAUUCCAUAGUCGUCACAGAAAGAAGAAAAUUAAACUUGAAGCUCCUCAACUUGAUAGUUCCAAGGAAAAAACAACUUUCCAAGAAAAGCAUGAAGGUGGCCAGGCAUUUAACCUGGAAAAAGCCCGUUUGGAAGUGCACCAGUUUGGAAUCACUGGAUUUGAUAAGAAAGAACAACGAGUUUUGGAACAAGAACGUGCCAUUAUGUUAGGAGCAAAGCCUCCUAAAAAGGAAUAUCUGAACUACAAGAUUCUUCAAGAGAAAAUUAAACAAAAGAAGGAAGCCAAGAAGGGAGAAAGCAUGAUGGAAAAUAAAUCAAAUUUUCUCAAGAAAAGGAAGAAAAAAGGGCAUGAAGGGAGUAAAUCCAAGAAGAAGGCAAAGCAGUGCAUAGUGCCUACAGGACAAGUUGGAACAUUUAAAAAUGGGACCCUGAUUCUUCGUAGCUCUGACAUAAAGAAAAUCAAGUCUUCCAAAGUGGUUAAAUGACAUUGCACCAGGCUGAAUUGAAAACUAGAUAAAUGAACUUUGUGGUCAAACUUUUUAAAAGCAUAUCUGUUUUCUAAAAAGACUUCUUUUUUAAUGCAUGGAUUUUUGUUGGGUCCUCAAUUUUGUAUUUAUUAAAAUCUAUUUAAAAAUAAA